UUUUUUUCAACAACAUCUGAUUUUUGACUUCAAAAUAAAGACAGAAAAACAGAAUCUCUUGUGAAUUUGUAAACACACACAGACAAAAACCAGUGAGAUUAAACUUUCUUGGUGAUUUCGUCAAAUUACAAACUUAACGUUUCGCACAGUAGAAACUGACAUCAUUGUUAUGGCAACAUCACUGAUGUACUUCUGUCUCAGUCCAAGAAAGCGGCACUUUGACCUCCAUGAAGCGUCCAAACUCAGGUCCGUUUUCAGCACAGCAGUGACGUUUUUUUUUUCUUUUUGUUUCAGUGAAACAAACAGCAUCAGAUUAAGAUACGGGAGGAUGGCGUGUGCAGAACAGAUCAUCUCUAAUCUUCAGAGUGAUCAUAACAUGUUUUUGGGGAAAGACCCCGAGAGAUUCAUCUGCCCACACGGAUUAGUGCAAGUACUGUAAUAUGUUUUUUUUUCUUUUAAAGUGGUGCGUUUGACGGGGCAGUUUUUAGCUCACAUCAUGUUUCAGCAAACCCUCGAACCACCAACAUCGCCGUUACAGUACAGACUGUAAACAAAGACUCUAAAUGCUUUAACAAUGCAGCUGUAUUCAUUAGACUCUCCAUUAUGAUAAAUCAUACAUAACAUCUGUAUUUGAUGGCGAUUGGACGGUUUUAUCUCAAUAUUAAAACACUGGUACGGAUAUAAGAGAAGGCAAGUGGACAGAAAACUCCUCCACUGUGAAAUAUGGCUUCAAACUUGGUGAGUUUAGCAAAGAUAUUGAUGUGAUUUAAAGGAUCGAGUUUUCAAAGUUGGGUUGUAUGAGGUACUUGUUAAUAAUAAGCGGAUCCUGAUUAGUUUGGCCCAUAGACUGUAUAUUCUUUGGACAACUUGGUUCCGCCUUCCACCAGUAAACGGAUUAGAAGCCAAAAAGCGCUCUGUAAUUACGCAUUUUUUUUUCAGUUUCCUGAAAACCAACAUUGCGCAGUAGCGUUAUACGCAUUCGGCGGGAGAGUCGCUGUUAUGACGCUCGGCUCAAACAGCUUAUGUAUCAGGUGUCAGUGUUUUUUUGUUCUGUGUAAUAAAUUGCUAGUUUGUCCACAGCCAUAAGCUUUGCUGGACGAGGCGGGACUUAUGACCUACACUGCAGCCCGUCAACAGAGGGUGCUGUUCUGGGAGUGGCUUCACCCAGUGAGGAGGCAGAUGGCGUCCAUUCUAGAUACAGUCUAUGGUUUGGCCCCUUUGUGGUGGAACUAGGUGGUUGAAUCCAAAGGCUAAAGGACCAGGAUGCUCUGUAGCAGACAUGGAGCAUAUGUGAGCGUGACUCUCGUGGUUACUGAUGCUGCAAAAUAAGACAUCAUAGUGUCACUCCCAACUGUCCACUCACUCCUUCUACAUCAGUUUAAGAUGAUACUGUCACCGUGUUGAAUGGAAAAAGGCUCUUUAAAACGAUCCUCGUCCGUCUCCACUCAGUGGGAAGUACCUCAUACAACCCUGCUCAAAACUAAGAACUAUCCCUUUAAUUUUGGGUUAAAUCCCGAUGGCAUCAGGUAAAUACUCAGACUUUAAAACAUAAACCCUUCCUCUGGCUCGAGCUGACCUGUAAAGCAAACCCUCUGUGACAUUCAUCGAGGAUCGUGGCAGUUCCGAGUUCAGCUACUCCUUCAGAAAUCACACAUACUCUGGAUUUAAGUCAUGGGUUUGAAGGUUUGCAUAUUUGUGCUUGUGUCCUCUGCGGGAUAAACAGCUGUAUCCCUCCUUUAAGCAACAAAACAACCAGGAUAGUUAAGACAAAAUUGUGUGUUUUUAAGCUCCAGGUCUGCUAUUUUAAGAAAGUGUGUCACAGUUCUCAUGCCCUAUUUUUUCUUGAGACCAGCGAGUCCCCUGUGUCCUGAUGUCAAAGUCCCCAAACUGUGUCUGCUGUUUGCGGAAUAUCCUCGAGAGCAAGAAAUGCAAUUAUUUGUGCGCAUAAUUCCCUGUGUGUGUUUUCUGAGUGGCCGCCUAAUGGCGAGAGGGACAGACAGACAGAAAAGAGGAAGAUGCUCCUCGAUGCAGCUCAGCCGCAGUGUCUCCAGGGAGGCCAUUAAGGGAGAACUUCAGGCCAUUUGUCAGACCAGAAGGAGCCAAACAGCUGGGCGUGUUUCUGUUCUGAUGAAGCGAGGGAGGGUUUUAUGGGGAUCUAUUAAUAACUUCCCCCGUAAGAGGAGCGAAUCUUGGCCUUGUUGCAGCAUCUCUGGACGGGGUAGACUUUCACAUUUCAUUUCUCACUCCGUACGUUGUUAGUCCGGUCACAGAAGAGCUGGCACCUACAGGAGGACGGGGAAAAAUAAGGUCUGAGAAAGAUGAUAUCUGAUUGACGACACGUCUCCAGCUCGGAUGCAGAUAAUCACAGAACCAAGACCCGGAUCAGAGUGCUUUGGCCGCUCUGGAGGAGGGUUUGUAGGCUCAAUCCAAGUAUAAUCCAAUCCCAAAGUAGGUCACCGCUGAGUUAGUGACAGCUCAUUCAUAUUCCAGCACACAGCAGGUACAUGCUCAAAGGAUUCCUCUUUGUUUGAUCACACAUCACACCGCCAGGGUCAAGAUCAGCGCCGUCUCAACCCGUCCUUUCCCUCUCCUUCAUCACCCCCCUCCUCCCAUGUCAUGGCACGUCACACUCGAUGUAAGGGAUGUCGCUGUAGCGGCGGUCUACCUCCACCCACUGCUGCACGGCCCGGGCCACGAUCUCCUCGGACAGCCUGUGAGCGUACUCCAACAGCAUCGGGUUGAUUUGUGGCGAGCUCUCUGGCGAACCCAUCUCUGAGUGCACCAAGUAGGCUUUCUCGCCCUUCGAUUUCUUAGACUUGCCCUCAAAUUUGUCCGUAGAGUUUGCAUUUUGGGCCGCAGAGUCACUUCUUUUGGAUUUAACACACCCCAUACUCUGGAGGAUGUAGCAUUGAUUUAAUUUGACGAUGGCGGUGAGAGUCUUUGGUACGAGUUUGGAUUGAGGCGUCACUGUUCAUUCAUCCCUUUGAGCAGCCUUACACUUCUUUAGCUCUUCCUGUCAUCCACUCCCGAUUUCAUCCAUCUCUGAAAGCCGAUAUUUGUCACGAUCACUACCACAAAACAAAAGCUGCUGAUUCAGAGAGGCGACCGAUGACGAGGUCCAUCCUUACGAGGGUCUGGUGGCGUGGAAACAGUCCGUUAACCUCGCGUCUUCCUUUGCUGCAGUGAGGAUAAAAAGAGGAUUUUAGUGAUUUAUUUCCAAAUAGCAGAUGGUGGGAAAGAGGAGAGGAUUGUGAAUGAAUUUCACAGUGGCUGUGGCGACUGUGACCUGCUCUAGCGGCCGGCCUGAGGUCACGGCACCUCUGCACGGUCACAUUCAAACAUCUCUGCCUCUCUGCACGUCAAAUGUGUUACUCAUUUACCCCUCCCUCGUCUUCCUCACAGUGUUUCAUGACUCAAUCCCUCUGCCUCUUUCCUAUUGCAUGUCACAGGGAUGUCUGUCUGGAGCUGGAGAGAGCGCUGAUGCUGCUCGGUUGUAAGCCUGUGUCUCCCAUCUGUUCCACUAGCCGAGCCCAGCAGUCUGAUUCACAGUGACAGCUCCUUUUUCUGGGGCUGCAGGCCUCUGUGCUCAUGAACAUGUGCUUCAUUCACAAAGCUGCAAGCUGGAGUCUGAGGCCAUGAAUGAUUUAUGCAGAGAGGGGAGUCUCCCUGAGAGUAAAACAACAUUCAGAGGUGCAAACAAGAGGCUCAACUCACACAAAAUCUGCAGCCGUGUCAGAAAUUCGAUUGAGAAUUUCACAUAGUCAUAUUGUUAUCUAUUGGACAGAUGCAUAAACCUGUGGGAGCAUCUAUUAGCUGUCUGACAAACACGUGGGAUUGGGAUUAAACCUGAUGACUGAAUUAUUUGAACAACAAACCUGCUCUGGAAAUCCCUCUGCAAACAUGAGAUUAAAACAUCAUUAUCAUGGGGUGUGAUCCUGCAGCAGAGAGGUACAUACUUUUACAGGUGAGAGCAAAGAGCCUCAGCUUCAUCUCCAUUUUAACAAAAAGCAGAAUCCGUCCACAGAGGAAAUAAUCCAAGGUCGUUCAAGUAAACAAUAAUCCGGACAUCAUGUGGUGUCGCGCCGGUUCCUCAAACAACAUCCAAACCAUCUGAACUUGGAGCCUGAGCGUUAUUCACACAAAUUAUCCCCCAAGUUGGUUCUUCUAGGUCUGCUCGCUUGUUUGGUUGUUGUAGGAUGAAGACCUCCGCAUCGGAUUUCUCUCUAAUCUCCGCGGACAAUAAAGAUCCAGCCUGCUAGAGGAUCAGACUCCCUCUGUGCAGCCUUGAAGUCGGUCAGCGGUGAGAGGAGCUCCUCGGCUGAGAGGAAACCAGAGGUCUGGGCUGGACUGACUUCAGCAGAUAGACUCUUCACGAUGUGAUCGAUCUGCAGCGGUGCUCAGGAGGAGAGAGAGUCCAGGCGCUGCUCACACUCACCGGCCCUGCACAGCUGCGGGCCGCCGCAACACUGACAUCUGGCGGCGAGAUGGAGAACUACCGCAGCAGGAGUGACCCUCGUCCUGUGUUAGGGUCUGAUUUUAGGUUGAUUUUAAAUGCUUAAAAGAACCACUUAAAUAAGUUUUUUGCAUCAAGACUAUUUGACUUUUUCAGAAACUUCUAUUUUAACAAAUAAAAAAUAAAAAAUUGGCUAAAUUGUAAUUGUAAACUCUUUUCAAAAUUAUGGCACUUGUCAUGUUAGGGUUGCUGUUGACCCGGUUAGAUCAAUAUCUAAUAAUCAGAGCAAAAAACUGAAAUCAUAAGUGCACUGUCAGGAAACACACUGACAGUCAGAUCCUCUUUCAAUCAUGUGAGAUUUAAGAAAUUCUCAUUUUGCCUGUUUUUCCCUGCAUAAAAAAACUACAUUGAGCAUGUUCAGACAUGUGAGGUCAGUUCAGUAUGGAUGUCUGUGUGAGGGGUAUACAGACAAAGAAAGGCCCAGAGGACCACAACAAAAAUAUUAUAAGCAAUAUUUUCACAGAUAAUGAAGCUGAACAAGGUGACAUAGAGAUGUGACCCAAAUUGGAUGAUAGAGAAUUGUUUUUGGUGUAAUUUACAGCUGAUUUAAGACACGGGUCAAAACCGACCCUUAACAUGGUGGGUGCGUAGUAAAAGCUAAAACAGGAGGAAGGAUAAAAAGUGUGCAAAAAAAAACUGACUGUGUUCAGGUGAGAAACCUGGUAAAAUUAAGAUUUGAAAUAAAACCCCAAAGCAUGGCCAGAAAUUUCCUCUAAUAUGGAUUCAAAGUUUCAGAAUAGCCUCCAACACUUUUCCUUGUAGAUUUGAUUUUAAUGCUACUGGAUCACCCAGAGUCUUGGGUUAGUAGUAGGACAGAUGUAUGGGCUGCAUCUGCAGCAGUUUAUUUCUCUUGUUUGCACUAUCUCAUUAUUUGAGUAACACUUUGGCACUUAUAUUUAAAAUUCAACAUGAGGGUUGAAGUGGAAGAGAGUAUUAGUAACAUAAAAGAAAAGUAUUUAAUCUUUCAUUUUCAAGACAGACUAAGGUAUUAGUGACAUAUUACAACAAUUUAACCCUUAAAUGCCUUUUGUAUCAUAUUUUAUAUACUUUUAUCAAAUCAAUAUGAUCAACAAAUUACUAAAAUAACACCUGAAUACAGUCUGAUAAAUGAUAAAAAUGUAGUCUUAAAGUUUAUUGGUUUCCAAAAACAUUUAAUGUAUCAAACUAGAUAAAUUUAUUUGUUAAAUUUUAGGAACAUUUUAAUUUUUUGGUUUUUAGUAGUGUAAUAAACAUUUCAGCUCCAAAAAAUGGAAGUUUCUGGCCAUAGUUUGUGGUGUCAGACAUUAAAGGGUUAAAAUGAUAUUUUUGGACCAUUGUAAGAUUUUUUUUUGACAGUUGAAAUGAUCUGAAUGGCUCUGAACUCGCCAUAGAGGCUACAGAUGAUGGUAAUGUGACUGAUAACAGCCUCCACAGGGUGGCACUGUCUUCACAUGUGGUACAAUAACCAGGUUUCACCACCCAGGUAUCUGAACAAGUCCACAACUAAGAAUCACCUUAAAUUAAGGUUUCUUAUUAGUGGAAGAGAACAUAAGUCUCAUUCUGUCUCCAAUAAUGACAUGAUAAUUUUACUGACACUUUGGAUCCGGAGAUGGUUGGAUGGAUUUAUUGGUGCUCAAUACGCAGUUUAAGUGUGUCAUUUUCAAUCAACUAUAGGGGAUACAGCUCAAACGGUGAGGCUACACGACAAGAAUCAUAUAUUAUAACUUUGAUUGAUUAAUAAAUGAAAUCCUUCAUCAUACUUAAAUGAGAGUGGUCGUUUAUUUUCCUGCGUCAGAGAGGCUGAGCUCUCAGGGGUCUGCGAUAAAGUUUAUCCAAACGGAGUCAGGUUGAUUUGAUGAAACAACAAUGUGUUGAAUUGUUCUGAAUUGACUUUGACAAGGUGUCAUUGACUUGAUGCGAAACAAAAGUUAGUUUAGCGCGCCAGCAAUUCAUAAUACAAGCUGCGUCAUGCGUUAAAUCACGCGUUAAAUCUCUCAAUGUUACGCACUGCAUUAGAUCUCUGUGCGCUCAUACUAGGAAUUCUAUCUCAAACUUAUAUAAAUAAUCUUGAUUUCUUCCAGUUUUAAGAGUUUAAAGUUGAACUGUCUGCCAUCAGAUUUCAUUCAGUCCGCCCUGCGUCUCUGCGUAAUCACGGUAGCCUAAUAAAAGUGAAUCUAUCCAUCUGUUGACGUGUUCAGCACAUGCUCACAGCCUCCGUCCCUUUAUGGUUUGACAACGAAAAAAAGUUUUCAUGUCAGUCGGUCAAAACUCAUUGUUGCCUUUCCAGCCAAUCAUAGUUUUUGACGACACAAAAGAGGCUAAAGUUGGAGUAUAAAAAGGUGUGCGCUAAUAAACUAUGAUGCCUAUCAGUGUGGGACAUUAAUCCAAACUCAGUCCGGUCAGGCAUCAGUGUCCAGCACACAUCAAGGGAUCUUUCUGAAAACUGAACUUCACACCUUCGAGACAAUGCAUCUGUCUCAGAUUGUGCUGUAUGUUAGCCUGCUGAUCGCUUUGGGCGCUGUAGUUUUGAGUGACCAGGAGACGCACCAGCAGCCCUCUGCCAGCAGCCCAACGGACACGGAGCAAUGCGCCACCUGCGAGGUCCGGCAGCAUAUCAAGACCAUGCGACUGAACGCUAUUAAGUCUCAGAUUCUGAGCAAACUGCGAAUGAAAGAGGCUCCUAAUAUCAGCAGAGACAUAGUGAAGCAGCUCCUGCCCAAAGCGCCUCCGCUGCAGCAGCUCCUCGACCAGUACGACGUGCUGGGAGAUGACAACAAGGAUGUGGUCAUGGAGGAGGACGACGAGCACGCCACUACGGAGACAAUCAUGUUGAUGGCAACUGAACGUGAGUCUUUAAUUUCGCUGUGUUUUACGCAUAAAAAGGGAGAUGUGUGCGCAAACGUUUCCAAACCGGGUUUUUACGCACGAGAAGAGCGCACGGUAGACGCUGUCAGAAUACUUUAUUUGUACAGUUGUGUGUUUACAAGGUUGCUGCUGUAAAUGCAGAUUGGUAAUUUCAUCAAGAUUUAAAAAGUGGGAGGGUCAUAGUGAGAUUUUACAAACUCUCUAAAGCCUCAAUCAGGGUUCAAAUGUCAGACUUGGCACAAAAGUUUCAUCCGUCCAUAAAUUUGAAUUACUCAUGGCUGAGACUGUUUUUCUCUCUUUCUCUCUCUCUGCAGCCGAGUCCAUCGUCCAAGUGGAUGAGGAACCAAAGUGCUGCUUCUUCUCUUUCACCCAGAAGUUUCAAGCCAAUCGAAUAGUCCGAGCUCAACUCUGGGUGCAUCUGCGCCAGGCGGAGGAGGCGACCACUGUGUUCCUGCAAAUCUCCCGCCUGAUGCCGGUCACAGACGGGAGCAGGCACAUACGGAUCCGCUCCCUGAAGAUCGACGUGAACGCCGGGGUCAGCUCUUGGCAAAGUAUAGACGUCAAACAAGUGUUGACUGUGUGGCUGCGGCAGCCGGAGACCAACUGGGGCAUCGAGAUUAAUGCCUUCGAUUCGAGGGGGAAUGAUUUGGCGGUGACCUCCGCAGAGCCCGGAGAGGAGGGACUGGUGAGUUAAAGCUUCAUUUUUACUUUGAAUGAAAUGCGCAAUUUUUGGAUAUCAGGUGUAAAAAAUGUAGAUCCAGUAGUGCAGGAGCAACAAACACCCUCAGAUAUAAAAAAACACAUCUGAGUUUUGAUUGUUGUUGGUUUCAUGGGUUGCAUUGUUCCUGUAAUUGCUCUGGAGUUUUAAAUAUGAGUGCUCCUGGUUUUAGUGUGCAGAGUCUUUGCAGAGUCAGCAGGUGGUUCAGCAUUCAUGCUUUUCACUGCUGGAAGAGAGAAUCAAGAUUUAAGACUCUUGAAAGUGAUUAAUCAACAGAGACUUCAUGUACCUGCAUUUGGACAAAUGCCCAGUCCUCAAUAAGCUCCAAUCUUAUUGCUGGAUUACAUAAAAGUUCACCUGCUGCACAUUCCUCAAAGUAUUCUGUGUGACUGUGCAAAUCAGAGUAAUUGCCUGCAAACACACACUGCUGCUAUCAAUGACAAACACUUAUCAUACGGCUCAAACACUGGCACCGGGCUCCGGAGCAAUUAGAGUGCCGCAAUGACUGAGGUUAACCAACCAAGAGAUGAUUUAAUUUGCUCAAAACUCAAAGUUUCAUAAUAUUAUCCAGCCAUGUUUGACAACCAGCUGCACAAGGUCAAGAGAAGCGGAUUAAAAGUUACAAGCUGGAUUCUGCCUUUGACUUCUUUUUGCAAAUCAGCAGUUUUUAAAAAGUGUUCACCCUUGACUCUGUCUUUGCAGCAACCUUUCAUGGAGGUGAAGAUUUCAGACGGCCCCAGGCGAGUCAGGAGAGACGCAGGCCUGGACUGUGACGAGAACUCUCCAGAGUCCCGGUGCUGCCGCUACCCGCUCACGGUGGACUUUGAAGACUUUGGCUGGGACUGGAUUAUUGCCCCAAAGCGCUACAAGGCCAACUAUUGCUCCGGGGAGUGUGAGUACAUGCACCUGCAGAAGUACCCGCACACCCACCUGGUGAACAAAGCCAACCCCAGAGGGACCGCAGGCCCCUGCUGCACCCCCACCAAGAUGUCCCCGAUCAACAUGCUCUACUUUAACCGAAAGGAGCAGAUCAUCUACGGCAAGAUCCCGUCCAUGGUGGUGGACCGGUGUGGAUGUUCUUGAGCCGGGACGUAGACCACAGCGAAGAGGAGGAGAAGACGGAGGGGCCGCGGCUCAGUCCGGCUUCCAACUUGAGACUUUUCUGACACAACUGAUCCACCACUUCUUGAGCUUUCCUGCAGAACACGGUGCAAUAGAACCAGAGUAGAAAAAAGGGCCACCAAGAGCCUGAGCGCUUUCACAACCGGCAUAGCUCUUACUUUGCUUUCCUUCAGUGAAAAUCUUAGCCAGAGAAGUUUGAAGUCAGAAGGAUGCAGGAACACGUACUUACACACACAUGCUGAGUCUCAGAGUGAAUGUAGACACAAAUAUUCAAAGUUAUCCAAAAAACUUAUUUUCCUGAGUCUCAGUUUUCCGCCCAUAUAUGCAAACCUGCAGACCGAUUAUACUCCUGCGCCAUCACUCCACUUCCACUCCACUCGUAGACAAAAUACAAGCUAUUACACUUUUCGCUACGCUACAUGUUUGUGAUAAUCAAUGUUCCAGUUAUGUUUUCAGAGUGAAACCAGGAAUCCUCAUGGACUUUUUGAAAGGGCUUGGAAAAACAUGUAUGAAGACACUUUGGAGUGAUGUUUCGCACUGGUGGAACAUGUUUUAGUGUCAGGGAAAGCAGGAAAACCCAAUUUGCAUCAUUACAGGAUGAAUUUACUGUCUUGGAAAUGAUCAAAACAGAUUACAAGGGAGUAAAAUCCAAAGUGCAGGUGCUGACGUUGUGACGUAGAGACACAAAAAUGCUCCACUAUUGUGAAAAAUCACUCGAAGUGUUGACUUGUCUUCAUGUACUCUUCCACACAUACACACACAGAAACAUAACCGACCCAGGAGCGUUCUCGCUCAAGUCACGAUCUCCACAAUCCAACCGAAAAACAGCCUGACCUGCCCGAUACACUUGAAUUAUUCUGAUUGUAAAUUCACAUGACUGGACAGAAGGACUUGAACUGAAGGCACAACGAAUGCAGCCGACAAAUAAAGAAAUGUGUUUAAGACAGAGGAAAGAGAUGGAGGAGUCGUACGAAUGUUGAGAUCAUGCUUUAACUCUGUCUUACAAACAACAGUUUGCACUAUGGCACACCAAUAGAAAGAAUUGGUUGCUACAAGAGUUGUAAAAACUGAUUUUGAUAUGUUUGCUUAUUUGUAUUGUAUACAUAUGCCAUUGUUUCCACUAGGAGUUGCCUUUCUAAACCACUGUUCAUAAAUGUAUAAAACUGCAAUUUAGCAUGAUAUAAGACGUAAUACAGCAACUCUGUAUAAAUGUUUUAACAAAUAAAGUUUCCAGCUUGUUUGUUGA